UCUCUCUUUCUUUCUCUCUUUUCUUUUUUUUCUUUUAGUUUUUCAAAACAAGGCUUCUGUGUAGCUUUGGAGCCUGUCCUGGAACUAGCUCUUAUAGACCAGGCUGACCUCGAGUUCACAGAGAUCUGCCUGCCUCUGCCUCCCGAGUGCUGGAAUAAAAGCCAUGCAUCACCACUGCCCAGCAGCUAAUUUUUCUUAAUCUAUCAAAUGAAGAACGUCCUUGACACAUGUUCAUUUUCAUGGGGUCUCUUCUAGGAGCUGGCAGAAAACAAUAGGCAUAAAAUAAUGAAAUUUGAGUGAGCCAGUUGGUGGAACUAGUCUGUAUGAGGUGGUUAAAGGAGACCUGCUUCCUCCUCAGAGGCUCUGUGCGAGUGUACUGUCUACACCCUAAGCUGGUGCUCUCAUUUUCAGUUCUGAGCCAGGGUAGGAAGUUCAAAUUUGGCUGAGGGGGAGGAGCGUUAACCGGAAGGAGAGCUGAGAAGAAAUACUAAGUGAAGAUUUCAGGGAACCGGAACUUGGAAGCUAGUAGUUUCUGAGAAAAGUUGGUUGAGUCAAAAAGAGUCUAAGGAAGGGAGGGGUGGGUGCCACAACUUGCGCUGAAAUGGGUCUCCUAUUGGAUGACUUCUGACACUUGCCAUCUCUCCACCUCCUUUUGCCUGGAGAGGAGUGCAGAGGGGGUAUACUGUAUGUUAUGUAAUUUAUUAGGCAUUUUGUAUCCAUUGUUUUAUUUAAUUAUAUAUAAAAACAAGCCCUCUGGAUAGAACUGCUCAUAAAUUUUUAUAGACUCCUGAGUACGUGUGUAUAUAAAAUAUUUUAUAAUACAUUAUUUAAUGAUGUAUCACCCUCUAAAUGACACAUUUGAAGAGAUACUGUUCUUUUCAAUCCCUGGGCAUUUUCUGCUUAUAUCUACUUGCUCUAAUUUUUAUUAGUUAAAUACACAUAACAAAACUAUACUCCUAGCCGUACUUCAGGGUACGGCGUAGUCACACUGCCUACAACCACUGCUCUCUACUUCCAGAAAUCUUUUCAACUUGCAAAACAGAGAAGCUAUCUAUAUCCAUGAAACAAACUUCCCAUACCUGUGUCACACGUUUACAGAAUUUAAUUUUCACUUCGCCUUCACAGUCCAGGUAUGGUUAGUAAUAAGGUAGUGCCCACGGAUGGCAACCAGGUGGGUAUUUACACUCCAGGCAUUUACUCAGUACUUCGAGAAUAUCCGCUCACCUAAUUAUUCAGCCUGCGUGUGCUUUGCACGUGGGGGAGAUAUGUUUGUGGAACGAAUUUUGGUUACCAUUUAAACAUUUCCCAGUAACUCUUGUCAUUCUGGAUGGAAUGUUACCAGACAGGUCCCCUGGGGCAAAAAAAAAAAAUCUAACACUAGGUUUUAAAAAACUCUUCCUUUUUAGCCACUUUUAGACAGGGACGCCGAGGGAACUUUUUUCUAAAUGAUCAAGAACAUAGGAAGUGACUCAACUCAGUUAAGACCUUCUUUUCCCUGGGAACUAGUGGUCAGCUCCAAAAGACACCAGAAGAUGAUUCUAGGGGACACUUUAGGACUCGCACACCCCGAGCAGAAGGCCAAGGGGCGUGGCCACGAGUGGGCGUUACCAGGGGGCGUGGUCCUACAGCGACAGGGCGUGGCCGGCCGGCCGGGGAGGGGUGCGCGCCGGCAGCGGGCGCGAUGGCGGCGGACGGGGACUGGCAGGAUUUCUACGAGUUCCAGGAGCCGGCCCGGAGCGUCCAGGACCAGGAGAACUGUAACGCGAGCCCUGAGGCCGAAGCUGGGGCACCCGCGGGCGGCGACAGCUUCCCGGCCUUGGCCUGCAGCCUGGAGGAGAAGCUGAGCCUGUGCUUCCGCCCCUCGGAGGACGCCGAGCCCCCGCGGACGACCGUGCGGCCCAUCACGGAGCGCAGCCUCCGGCAAGGCGACGAGAUUUGGAAUGCUCUGACCGAUAAUUACGGGAAUGUCAUGCCGGUAGACUGGAAGUCGUCCCAUACGAGGGCUUUGCAUUUGCUUACUCUGAACCUCUCAGAGAAAGGGAUGAGUGAAGGCUUACUCUUUGACACCUCAGAUGAGGAGGAGCUGAGGGAGCAGUUGGAUAUGCAUUCGAUCAUCGUCUCCUGUGUCAACGAGGAGCCCCUCUUCACUGCAGACCAGGUUAUUGAAGAAAUUGAAGAAAUGAUGCAGGAAUCACCAGACCCAGAAGAUGAUGAGACCCCCACACAGUCAGACCGGCUCUCUAUGCUCUCCCAGGAGAUUCAGACUCUGAAGAGGUCUAGCAUGAGCAGCUAUGAAGAGAGAGUGAAAAGGCUCUCGGUGUCCGAGCUAAACGAACUGCUGGAAGAAAUCGAGACAGCCAUCAAGGAGUAUUCUGAGGAGCUGGUGCAGCAGCUGGCCCUGAGAGAUGAACUGGAGUUUGAGAAGGAAGUGGAAAACAGCUUUAUUUCUGCUCUGAUUGAAGUGCAGAACAAGCAGAAAGAACACAAAGAGACAGCCAAGAAGAAGAAGAAGCUUAAAAAUGGCAGCUCUCAGAAUGGGAGGAACGAGAGAAGUCACAUGCCAGGCACACGCUUCAGCAUGGAAGGGAUCUCAAAUGUCAUUCAGAAUGGCCUUCGCCACACCUUUGGAAACUCGGGUGGAGAGAAACAGUAUUUGACGACAGUCAUCCCUUACGAGAAAAAGAAUGGCCCACCGUCUGUCGAGGAUCUUCAGAUAUUAACAAAAAUUCUGCGUGCCAUGAAGGAAGACAGUGAGAAAGUUCCAAGCUUGUUAACCGACUAUAUCCUGAAAGUUCUUUGUCCUACAUAGAGCAGCAUUACGUGGGAGUGCGUCCCCUUCCGUGGACUCCAGGCUUGAUUUCCUACACUGUCACUCUGGAAGGUGGCAGUUGUGAGUCCCUGCUGCUUUUGGAGACCCAGCACACUUGAACUUGGAUUUGCAAUUCAGUAUUACUAGAUCACGACUUCACAAUCCGUCAUAUUAUAGCACCGAGAGAGCGAGCUAUGGCACUCUUGAAUUCUGGAGAUAGGUUUUUGGAAAACACAUGGUUCCUAAGUGAGCAGGGUGGAGGAGAGAGCUAGGAACUGGCACACCAUUAUCCUUUCCCUUAAUUCAGUGUGGCUGCUAGCGCUUGACUUACUCCGUCUGAACUGCACUGAAGAACUGCAUCCAAGCACUGGGAGAGCCAACCACAGUUGUUCUCCAGUCAUGGUGAGAUCAGUGUUGAGUGUUUAGAGCAUCUUCUAUUACCUGCCAGUAUUGCCCAGAGACAGACCGACCGUGGACUGGUGUGACGCAGAAUCCGUUACCUGCACUGCUUUGGUCUAAUGGUGGACCCUGGACACUGUUGGAAACUAAGUUUGUAACGUCUGCCUAUUGCACCAUUGUUGACGUGUGAGCCAUUAGGAUGCCAUUUGGAAUCAUUAUGACCUUGGGUGUUCUGUGUCCGUGAAGAAGUGUAUUUUGAAAGGGGUCCAUGCCCUCUAAGGUGCUUAAGGAGCUACUAUGGUACUACCUGUUCUCAUGGCUGUGUUCAGUUUUCUUUACACCUGUGUGCUUUUCUAGAAAAAAAAAACUGCUCACGGCUACAACACUAAUCAUGAACACUUUUGCCAGUUUCAAUCAAGUCAAUGAUAUUUAAUAAAAUAAUACAUACUUAA